AUGCCACAUAUGCUACGGAUGGAGAGUGGACCCUCGUUCGGCGACGCAGGGCCGGAGAGGGACCGCGACUGGAGAGCUGAGGAGAUCGCACGCAGACCACCUCGCCGAAGCAGCUAUCCAUCUCGAGAGGGUCGGAGGACCUACACGCGGAAUCGGGGGAGAAACCAGCCGGCAGCAGACCGCUAUGCAGCCCGCCAGGAGAGCUGGAGAGGAGAUCGCGGCUGGGGAGCUGACGAGGACGCACGCCGACCACCUCGGCGCAGCAGCCAUCCAUCUCGAGAAGGUCGGAGGACCUAUGCGGCGGUCGUGAGAGAGGAACACCGCAACGGUCAGCCAGGCUUUUUCCACGCACCACAGCGGAACCGGGGGAGGGACCGUCCGGCACCGGACCGCUAUGCAGCCCGCCAGGAGAGCUGGAGAGGAGACCGCGGCUGGAGAGCUGAGGAGGACGUACGCCGACCACCUCGACGCAGCAGCUACCCAUCUCGAGAAGGUCGGAGGACCUAUGCGGCGGCCGUGGGAGAGGAUCACCGCAGCGACGAGCCGGACUUUUUCCACGCACCACAGCGGAGCCGGAGGGGAGAACAGCCGGCGACAGACCGCUAUGCAGCCCGGCAAGGAAGUCGGACCGGACGGGACCGACGAUUCGAACGGAGAACGGCUCGGGACAAUCGGUAUGUGAGACGCACUCGCGCUGAGCGAGCUGGACCUCCUGUUAACAAAAUAAUUUCAGAUGAUCCGGACUUUUCUAAAAAGGUCCGCAUUAUUCACAGACUUAUUAAGACAGUACAUCAUUUGAAAAAUGUGACUAGUGACACUUAUCCUCCUUCUUUAAACAAAAUAGCACACAAUUUAAAGACUGUUAUUAAACCGGCCGUCCCUACCAAACACACACAAAAUAAGAUUGAGGAGAACGCUAAAAACUGGGCCCGUACAACCAUGGUGAUCCUCCGGCAACAUUACACUCAGAGCGUAGAGGAGGAAUUAAAGGCUCUCUCUGAGUGUUCUAAACAGGACUGGGAGGGCCCGUUCGAGAUAGCAACAUCCUGGGCCAAGAGGAACCUGGGCCGCCGCCUCCAACCUGACUCUCUGGAACAGGCCAGAGCUGAGAUCGUGGCCAAACUGGGGGACCUGGGGACUGCCACUUCAACAGAGGAGGGCCCACCUGCACCCCGCACAACAUCCAAAACAACGACGGCAACGAUGACGGACCACGUCGCUGGAGACUGGUCACCUUCUUCUGAGAUGGAGCAGGAGCAAGAGAGGGAUCUGACACCUUCCUCCCCUCCAGAAUCUUCACAACCAGCAGAGCCCAAUCUGGCCACACCGAAGGAGCAGAGGGUGUUGAGAUUCGCCGCCUCGAUCCCAGAGACGCCAUCCCAGGAACGGCCAUGCUCUCCCUCCACCCAACCACCACAAUCUGGUGAAAUGAUGGACACUGAGGGACUGGACCUCACACAGGGGGAAGUCACCCCCAAAAAGACAAAGCGGGUUAACACUUUAACAGUGGCUAAACCGCAACCAGUGUCUCACCCGGGACAUCUCGCAGCGGCUUAG